AUGGAGAAAGAAAAGAGGAGACAGGAAACAGAGGAGACAGAAGAGAGGAGACAGAAGAGAGGAGACAGAGGAAAGGAGACAGAAGGGAGGAGACAGGAGACAGGAGACAUGCGAAAGGAGACAGGAGACAGAAGAGAGGAGACAGGAGACAGAAUAGAGGAGACGGAAGAGAGGAGAGAAGAGACAGAAGACAGAAGAGAGGAGACAGGAGACAGAAGAGACAGGAGACAGAGGAGAGGAGACAGAAGAAAGGAGACAUAA